AUGGGCAUUAAGAAUUAUGCACAAGACGUCAGGACAGCUCGGAAUAAGGAAACCGUCAAGGAGUUCCAUGGCUUAAGUCCCAGUAGGGAGGCCUUUGAUGACGCAGAUCCUCAGAAGAACAAAGGGACUCAACAGAAAACAGCAGAAUCAUGA